AUGGCCUCAAAUGAGGAGCCAAUAGAUUUAUCAGAAGUUUGCCUCUUAAGUGACGCUGACGUCAGGGCUCGUAUCAACAUGAUUGACGCGGAGGUGAAGAUUCUGAAGAGCGAACACACCAGGCUUAAAUCGCAACAAAAAAUGGCCCAAGAGCGUAUAAAAGAUAAUUUAGAAAAGAUACAAUUAAACAAACAACUUCCCUAUCUCGUUGCAAAUGUUGUUGAGUUAUUGGAUAUGGAUGAGGAGUAUGAGGAGGAAUAUGGUUCAGCACAGAACUUAGAAUCGAGACCAAAAGGCAAAUCACUUGUUAUUAAAACCUCCACAAGACAGACGAUAUAUUUACCUGUUAUUGGAUUGAUACCACAUACUGAGUUGAAGCCAGGGGAGUUGGUAGGUGUAAAUAAGGACAGUUAUUUGGUUUUGGAUAAACUUCCACCAGAAUAUGAUAACCGUGUUAAAGCUAUGGAAGUCUGCGAAAAGCCAACAGAAGAUUAUUCAGACAUCGGAGGACUCGAUAAACAAAUUCAAGAACUCAUUGAAGCUAUUGUAUUACCAAUAACGCAUAAAGAGAAAUUUGAGAAAAUAGGUAUAAAACCACCAAAAGGUAUAUUAAUGCAUGGACCACCUGGAACUGGUAAAACUCUACUAGCCAGAGCAUGUGCAGCUCAGACAAAAGCUACCUUUUUGAAACUUGCUGGACCACAAUUGGUCCAAAUGUUCAUUGGGGAUGGUGCGAAGAUGGUCAGAGAUGCCUUUAAUCUCGCUAAAGAAAAGGCCCCAACCAUUAUAUUCAUAGAUGAGAUAGAUGCAAUUGGUACGAAGAGAUUUGAUAGUGAGUUAUCUGGUGACCGUGAGGUUCAGAGAACAAUGUUGGAACUUCUGAACCAGCUUGAUGGGUUUAGCACUGAUGACAAGGUCAAAGUUAUCGCUGCAACUAACCGACCAUACACACUUGAUCCUGCACUACUUAGAUCCGGCAGACUUGACCGUAAAAUCGAACUUCCACAUCCAAACGAAGAGGCUAGAGCUCAUAUAUUACAAAUACAUUCGAGGAAAAUGAAUGUCCACAAGGAUACAAAUUAUAUGGAAUUGUCAAGAUCUACUGAAAAUUUCAAUGGAGCACAACUUAAAGCCGUGUGCAUAGAGGCUGGAAUGGUCGCGUUACGUAGAGGAGCAACAGAGUUAGAUCACGAGGACUUUGUGGAGGGAAUAGCAAUGGUCCAAGCCAAGAAGAAGAACCCACUUAAUUACCUUACCUAA